AUGCCUGCGCCCUGGCUGAGCUGCGGCCUCUGCCUGGCGCUCCUCCUGCCUGCAGCCCCGGCCACCUCCAGGAGGGAAGUGUGUGACUGCAACGGGAAGUCCAGGCAGUGCGUCUUUGAUCCCGAGCUUCACAGACAGACAGGGAGCGGAUUCCGCUGUCUCAACUGCAAUGACCACACGGAUGGCCCUCACUGUGAGCGGUGCCAGCACGGGUUCUACCGACAGAGGGAGAGGGACCGCUGCUUGCCCUGCAGCUGUCACACCAAAGGUUCUCUUAGCGCUGGAUGUGACAACUCCGGACGGUGCAGCUGCAAGCCGGGUGUGACAGGAGACAGGUGUGACCGAUGUCUGCCAGGCUUCCACACGCUCACUGACGCCGGGUGCACCCGAGACCAAAGGCUACCAGACUCCACGUGUGACUGUGACCCAGCUGGUAUCUUGGGGCCCUGUGACGAGGGCCGCUGCGUCUGCAAGCCAGCUGUCACCGGAGAGCGCUGUGACAGGUGUCGACCAGGUUAUUACCACCUGGAUGGGGGAAAUCCUGAGGGCUGUACCCAGUGUUUUUGCUAUGGGCAUUCAGCCAACUGCCACAGCUCUGGAGACUACAGUGUCCAUAAAAUCACCUCUACUUUCUCUCAAGAUGUUGAUGGCUGGAAGGCUAUCCAAAGAAAUGGGUCUCCUGCAAAGCUCCAGUGGUCCCAGCAUCAUCGGGACGUGUUCAGCUCAGCACGACGAUCAGACCCCGUCUAUUUUGUCGCUCCUGCCAAAUUUCUUGGGAAUCAACAGGUGAGCUAUGGGCAAACCCUGUCUUUUGACUACCGUGUGGACAGGGGAGGCAGACACGCAUCCGCCCACGAUGUGAUCCUGGAAGGUGCUGGUCUACGGGUCACAGGUCCGUUGAUGCCUCUGGGCAAGACGCUGCCUUGUGGGAUCACCAAGACUUACACGUUCAGAUUAAAUGAACGUCCAAACAGUAAUUGGAGCCCCCAGCUGAGUUACUUCGAGUAUCGGAGGUUACUGCGUAACCUCACAGCCCUGCGGAUCCGAGCUACUUAUGGAGAAUACAGCACUGGGUACCUCGACAAUGUGACCCUGAUUUCAGCCCGCCCCAUCUCCGGAGCCCCAGCUCCCUGGGUCGAACAGUGCGUGUGUCCCGUUGGCUACAAGGGCCAGUUCUGCCAGGAUUGUGCUUCCGGCUACAAAAGAGAUUCUGCCAGACUGGGACCUUUUGGCACCUGUGUUCCCUGUAACUGCCAGGGGGGAGGAGCCUGCGAUCCAGACACAGGAGACUGUUAUUCAGGGGAUGAAAACCUUGACAUCGAGUGCGCCGACUGCCCCAUCGGUUUCUACAACGACCCACACGACCCCCGCAGCUGCAAGCCGUGUCCCUGCCACAACGGGUUCAGCUGCUCUGUCAUGCCGGAGACAGAGGAGGUGGUGUGCAAUAACUGUCCCCAGGGGGUCACGGGAGCCCGCUGUGAGCUCUGUGCCGAUGGAUACUUUGGGGACCCCUUUGGGGAACGUGGCCCAGUGAGGCCUUGUCAGCCCUGUCAGUGCAACAACAACGUGGACCCCAGUGCCUCUGGGAACUGCGACCGCCUGACAGGCAGGUGUCUGAAGUGCAUCCACAACACAGCAGGUGUCCACUGCGACCAGUGCAAAGCAGGCUACUUUGGGGACCCGUUGGCUCCCAACCCGGCGGACAAGUGUCGAGCUUGCAACUGCAACCCAGCGGGCUCAGAGCCUGGGGAAUGUAGAAAUGAUGGCAGCUGUGUUUGCAAGCCGGGAUUUGGCGGCCUCACCUGUGAGCAUGCAGCACUAACCAGCUGUCCAGCUUGCUAUAAUCAAGUGAAGAUUCAGAUGGACCAGUUUAUGCAGCAGCUCCAGAGCCUGGAGGCCCUGGUUUCAAGGGCUCAGGGUGGUGGCGGAGUGGUGCCUGACACAGAGCUGGAAGGCAGGAUGCAGCAGGCUGAGCAGGCCCUUCAGGACAUUCUGAGAGAAGCCCAGAUUUCAGAAGGUGCUAGUAAAUCUCUCAGUCUCCAGUUGGUCAAGGCAAGGAGCGAAGAGACUGGCUACUGGAACCGCCUCAAUGACCUCAAGACGACUAUGGAAAGACUCCGGGCCCUGGGCAGUCAGUAUCAGGACCGAGCUCAGGAUACUCACAGACUGGUCACCCAGAUGCACCUGAGCCUGGAGGAGAGCGAGGCCUCCCUGAGAAACACUAACAUUCCUUCCUCAGAGCACUACGUGGGGCCAAAUGGUUUUAAAAGCCUGGCCGAGGAGGCCACAAGAUUGGCAGACAGCCAUGUUGGGUCAGCCAGUACCAUGGAGCAGCUGGUACGGGAAACCGAGGACUAUUCCAAACAAGCACUGUCCCUGGCACACAAGGCCCUGCAGGAAGGAGGCGGCGGGGGCAGCCCGGACGGCUCUGCGGUGCAAGGGCUUAUGGGAAAGUUGGAGAAAGCCAAGUCCCUGGCCCAGCAGCUGUUGGGGGAGGCCCCUCAGACUGACACUGAAGCAGAAAGGUCUUAUCAGCAUAGUCUUCGCCUUCUCAAUUCUGUGUCUCAGCUGCCAGGAGUCAAUGAUCAGUCUUUUCAGGUGAGGGCAUUGAAGAGGAUCAAACAAAAAACUGACUCUCUCUCAAGCCUGGUGACUAGGCGUAUGGAUGAGUUCAAGCAUGUGCAAAGCAGUCUGGGAAACUGGGAAGAAGAAAUCCAGCAGCUCUUACACAAUGGAAAGAAUGGGAGACAGACAUCAGAUCAGCUGCUUUCCCGUGCCAACCUUGCUAAAAGCAGAGCCCAAGAAGCACUAAGUAUGGGCAAUGCCACUUUUUAUGAGGUUGAGAACAUCCUAAAGAACCUCAGAGAGUUUGACUUGCAGGUUGAAGACAGAAAAGCAGAAGCAGAAGAGGCCAUGAAGAGACUCUCCUACAUCAGCCAGAAGGUCGCAGAUGCCAGUGACAAGACCAAGCAAGCAGAAACAGCCCUGGGCGGUGCUGCUGCCGACACCCAGAGGGCCAAGACCACAGCCAGGGAGGCCCUGGAGAUCACUGACAAGAUAGAACAGGAGAUAGGAAGCCUGAACUUGGGAGCCAAUGUGACAGCAGAUGGAGCCUUGGCCAUGGAGAAGGGACUGGCCACACUGAAGAGUGAGGUGAGGGAAGUGGAAGGAGAGCUGGCCAGAAAGGAGCAAGAGUUUGACCUGGAUAUGGACGCAGUGCAGAUGGUAAUUACAGAAGCCCAAAGAGUUGAUAACAGAGCCAAGAAUGCUGGAGCUACGAUCCAAGACACACUCAACUCAUUGGACGGCAUCCUACACCUAAUAAGUCAGCCUGGCAGUGUGGAUGAAGAGAAGCUGAUCUUAUUGGAGCAGAAGCUCUUCCGGGCCAAGACUCAGAUCAACAGCCAGUUGAGGCCCUUGAUGUCAGAGCUGGAAGAGAGAGCACGUCGGCAGCAGGGCCACCUCCAUGUGCUGGAGAUGAGCAUAGAUGGGAUUCUAGCUGAUGUGAAGAACCUGGAGAACAUCAGGGACAACCUGCCUCCAGGCUGCUACAAUACCCAGGCUCUUGAGCAACAGUGAAUCUGCUCUAGAGAUUUCCCAACUGAGGUUCUUGGGAUGCAUAACUCAGGAGCCAUCUCAUGUGAAUGGGGUGGGAUGGAGACAUUUGAACAUCUUAAAUGGGCAUGCUCAGGUCCACUGAACCUGACCCCAUCCCUGAGAUCUUGGCCAGAUAAAUGUCUUGUUACACCAGUGUGAUACUACUUGGGCAAUGAGGUGGAUAGCAUUGGGUAUGAGACUGGCCAAGGGCCUGGACCCCAAAGGGUAGACUGGAUGGAAGGACAAGCUGCACGGCCAGGUGUUUGCCUCAGGAGAGUCAAAGCCUGAGUCCUGGAGUAUGGACAGAUGCUGCUAGGCUAGAGUCAGCUUAUUUUUUGGGUAAUGUGACCAAUGGAAUUUUUUUUUUUUUUGUACUUUGCCCACCCAGAAAAUUCUUCUCAAUGUCUGAACAGAGAGUGAAGUCCAGUCACACUGUGGCCAGUAAAAUACUAUUGCUUUAUAGUGUCCAGUGCAAGCUUCUUGUUGACCAGAGUUCCUCCCACUUACCACCCAGUUUGUCAACAUGUGUUCUACUUUCAAGCUGGAAGAAGUGAACAGUGGUGGAGUGAGAGGCUGUAAGGCUGGUCCAUUUGGAGCCAUGGUGCCUGCUUGGGUCCUGCCACCUUUGAGUUCUUCUGGGGCCUGGAAGUGACAUCCUUUCUUCAGUGAUGCCAUGACUAGUUAGAGACUACACUUUUAUUAAAGCAUUUCCGACCAGCAAAACAAACUUUGGGAAGGUAUUUAAAUUUGGGUUUCAAAGUGAUAGAAAAAUAUAGCUUGGGCAUUGAAAGAAGUACAAUUACCUAGAAGAUUUAUUAGUCCUUAUUCAAUCCCACUUUUCAAAUGCUAAAAAUUGUAUGUGUCUGUGUGUUUUAUUUUCUCACUAUCUCUGCCUAUAGCAGAGAAUGUUCCUACUCACACUGGAGCUGGGUAGACUCCAUCCUUCCAUCCAUCCAUCCAUUCAUCCUUACAACAUAUAUUUAUUGAGUACCUCCUGUGUGUCAGGGGCGGGGGUACAGUGGUGAUGUAGUCUCUGCCCUCACAGAGUUGAUUGUCUAGUAAGGAAGACAAACAUUAAAAAAAUAAAUUUAAACGUACAACUCUUGUUCAUCACAAGUGGUUUUUAUUGCAAUAACCCCCUGGUUUGCAACCUCACUUCUCAACAGAACAUAUGUUGCAAGACACUCCCAGGGGGGCACUUGGGUUUUGGCAAAGCCGAGAUGGCUCUGGGUUGUGCACACUUCUUUGCAUUCUAGCUGUCACUCCUCCCCUUUCCACACCUGAUUGCAACAGACUGUUGAGUCAUGAUUACACCAGUGGGAAUUGCUGGAAAGACCAGAGAUGCUUCCAUCUCGUCUUGGAAGAUGUUGGUGCAGACUCGCCUUUGUACUUCCUUGGCUUUUCAUGGAUGUGUUUUUGAAUAAAGAAUAAA